UUGAAUAUUUUAGUGGCUAUUGUAUUUCGAAUGUGACCCUUACGACAAGUAAAAUCGAACACCAUGGUUUCUUCCACAAUAGUUUUCACCUCAAAUUUCUCAGUUUCAGCAAAAUAAUAGAUCGUUAAUUAAUGGAACUAAAAUUAGUUGAAAAUGGUUUCGAUUAUAUCCGUAAAAGAAAGAAAUUGGCCUUCAUCGUAUUUGCAGUUGGGUUUAGCAGUUACGGUUGUUACAGAGCUUAUCACGCGCCUUUCAUAGCUCAUAAGAGAAAGAAAUUUUCUAAGAUUUUCAAUUCGUUGGUUUCUGUAGCAGAAGCUGUUUCUGAAUCUGCAGAUACAAUUGGAAUUGUUACGAAAGAUGUUAAGGAUUUUUUGCAAUCUGAUUCUGAUCAAGUUCCCAAUAGUUUGAAUCAAAUCUCGAAGAUUUCGAGGUCGGGUCAGUUUUCGGAUUCUUUGGUUAGUUUCACGUCUGCUGUGACCGUUGGAGUCUUGCGCGGUUAUCAAUCGAUGAAUGGGACCGAUGAAAAUCAAUCUGGGUCAGGUUCGACGUUUGCAGACCAGGUGUUUGAUAAAUUGUUUACGCCGGCUGGUUCAGGUUUUGCUUCUGUUGUUAUUGGAAGCUUUGCUAAGAAUCUUGUUCUUGGGUUUUAUUCAAAUGAUAGUGGUAAAUUGAAUUCAAGAAGUGGAGAAUCGGGUUGUUCUGGUUCGGAUUCUGGUGUUCCGAAAUGGGUUGAUGUUGUUUGUGGUGAUAAAUGUGGGGAACUAAUUGGGAAUUGUGUUCAGUUGUUUGUUAGUACAUUGGUUGCUGUUUAUCUUGACAAGACCAUGCAUAUCAACACUUAUGAUGAAUUCUUUUCGGGAUUAACUAACCCGAAACAUGAGACUAGAGUUAGAGAAAUGUUGGUUUCUGUUUGUAAUGGUGCCAUAGAGAGUUUUGUGAAAACGUCUCACCAAGUGUUUAAUAGCUCAAACCCGAACGACAGUUCAGGUUCAGUUUCUUAUUUUGAUACUGAAGAAACUCCGAGUUCUGUAGAGACAUCAUAUGUUGAAUCAAAAGGAGAUGUUGGUAAUUUAGAGGAUAAAGGUUUAAAUAUGUACAGUGACCAUAUACAUUAUACUUCAGGUUCAGUUCCGUAUUUUGAUAGCUCAAACCUGAAUGAUAGUUCAGGUUCAGUUCCGUAUUUUGAUACUGGAGAAACUCUGAGUUCUGUAGAGACAUCAUAUGUUGAAUCAAAAGGAGAUGUUGGUGAUGAAGAGGAUAAAGGUUUAAAUAUGUACAGUGACCAUAUACAUAUUAUACUUCAGGUUCAGUUCCGUAUUUUGAUAGCUCAAACCUGAAUGAUAGUUCAGGUUCAGUUCCGUAUUUUGAUACUGGAGAAACUCUGAGUUCUGUAGAGACAUCAUAUGUUGAAUCAAAAGGAGAUGUUGGUGAUGAAGAGGAUAAAGGUUUAAAUAUGUACAGUGACCAUAUACAUGAUACUUCCUGCUGUUCUGUUUUCUGUUGCACUGUAUCAUGCAUAAGACAGCCACCUUCCGAAACUCGCUCGUAGAAAACCUUGCAUUCAACAUCCUGCGUUUAAUGAUUAUGCUCAUCUUUUGUAAUCUGGUUUUUCAUUUUUUAAAUAGGA